AGGAGGAAGAAGAAGAAGAAAGAAGAACGAACCCUUCGAGCCUCGACCUUGUACCUGGAGACAAUACUAGCAUUUCUGAAGCGAGGUAGAAUACUCCAUCUCAAGCGCGAAUCGCGAAGAUGAAUUAUCCAGUUCUUCCUUUCGUUUCUCAGCUUUCCUGGUUAAAGAAAAUGGAUGCUCAAGCCCAAAAAAAGGCAUUAUUUCGUGCUAAAUUGAAUGCUCAGAAGAAGGAAAAGCGCAUAGAUUCCCCUCUUGUGAGGUAUAAUGAAUUUGAUCAGCCGGUCUGCCGGGUUUGUGAUGUUGUUCUGAAGCAUGAAUCUAACUGGGAUGCACACCAAAUUUCUCGUAAGCAUCGUGAGGCAAUAAAUAAUCUUAAAGCUAAUGCUGCUGGAUUAGCCCAGCAAAGUCAUGCAAAGCCUGUUGCAGAUACCAAGUUGCCUAAGCCUAAACCUGAGAAUGCUUCAGAAUCACAAUCUAAAAUGCUCAAUCAUUCGCAAGAAUCACCAAAACCUCCACCAUCAUCUGUGCUUCCACCAGAUUUUUUUGAUGACAACAGUGCUCGAAAGCCAAGAUCAGAAAAGGACUCUGUCCAGUCGGUGGACCCUGAUUCAGAUAAAAGAAUGGGGAUUUCUGCUCAGAGCCAAGUGUUAAACGCAGAGAAGUUGAAAGGUGGUUUACAUAGCAAUAAUGCAGCACAGCCAAAGGGAAGUCAGGCUGCAAUGGAGGCUAGUCAGACAUCAGGCAUGCCUGCUGAUACAGAAGCCAAACAAGUAAAAGGGGUUCUUCCUGAAGGGUUUUUUGAUAACAAGGAUGCUGAUUUGCGUGCUCGUGGCAUAAAACCUGUUAAACCUGAUGUCAAGGACGAGUACAAGGAAUUUGAAAAGUUGAUUCAAGACGACUUGCAGGAGGUGGAUGACCGGUUUGAGGAAGAGGAGAUUGAUGCUGCUGAAAUGAUUGAAGAAGCUGAAUCCGUAGAGCAGAAGAACAACAGAGAGAGAGUGGAGAAGUUGAGGAAGAGGAGAUUGGAGUUGAAGGCUGCUAAAGAUGCAAAGCGUAGUAAAACUUCUGAGGUGGUAAUGGAGUCUAAACGUGACGAGCCAUCAAGCGAUGAUGACAGUGAAGAUGAUUUUGCAGUGGACUGGAGAGCACAACACCUGUGAAUAAUUGUCAUUACCCACCCUCCUCCCGAAAAGAACAAAAAGAAAAAAGAGAGAAGAAUCUGAAGUAUUGUGUACAUUCAUGUGUAGGACAUUUAGUAUUUGUAAAACUUCUCAUUUUAACUUGUGCCAAAGAGCAGUCAAACUUAUAGCAACAGAGAACAUCUCGACGUUCCUUUCCUUGGGGAGGCUAAGGCCUAAUGUUCUGUGUGGUUAAGGGAAUAUAUAUUAAUUUCUUUCGGUUUUUUUAUUAA